AUGCUAUACUGGGUGUGUUUGUCCGCACUUCUUUUGUGCGGGGUGCUGCAGACAUGUGGUGCAGAAGAGAUUAAUAUUCCUCUUGCGCGGCCCAACCGGACGGAACGCAAAUACCACUCUGACACGAUUGAGGAGGUAAUUGCGAACUAUACCAAACGUAUGAAGGACAAGGAUCUUGCCACAUUGUUUGAAAACUGCUUUCCAAGCACAUUGGAUACGACGGUUUUGCGGGCGUCUGAGCAGGACACUUUCAUCAUUACUGGUGAUAUUAACGCCAUGUGGCUGCGGGACUCCAUGUUUCAAGUGCUCCCAUAUAUGCGUUUCGCAAAGCGGGACGAGAAGCUAAUGGAGAUGCUUCAUGGGUUGGUACGACGUCAUUUGGAAUCUGUAUUAAUUGACCCCUACGCCAACGGAUUUAAUGAGUUUGCUAACGACAACCACUACAUGGUUGAUAACAGGAUUCCACCGAUGCCACCCACCGUGUGGGAAGGCAAGUACGAAUUGGAUUCCCUCUGUGCUGUCAUUAAAUUGAACUAUGAGGUUGUCACAGCAGACUCAGGCAACGUUACGUUCCUCCAACCGGUUGUUCGACAAUGGAUAAAGGCCAUGGAGAUAAUUCUCGACACAAUGAGUGACCAGCAGAAGUCCACUGAAAUGCAGGACAACAUUUAUCCAUACAUGUUCUUCCGCAGAUAUCCUCAUGGUGUCUUUGAGUACUAUCCUCGCAAAAACGCUACAGGGUACACUGGUAUGAUUCGCUCAGCCUUCCGCCCAUCUGACGAUAUGACGUCCAUGGAUUUCCUCGUGCCAUCCAACAUCAUGGCGUCAGUGGCUUUGCAGCAACUCAUGGAACUCUGCGGUACGAUGGCAGACACCUUUCCCGAAUACAGUGGACGGAUUGGUGAUAUACAACGCAAAGCAAGGCAUUUACGCCGCCUCGUAGAGGAGGGUCUGAAGGUGGCGAAGUCGAAUGACGAAAUACUCGCUUACGAGGUUGAUGGACUUGGCAACGCGGUAAUGAUGGAUGAUGCGAACUAUCCAAGCCUUCUAUCAACCCCGUUCUUGGGAUACAACACGCACAACGCCUUAUACCAAAGAACACGAGCGUUUCUGCUUAGCGACAGAAACCCAUGGUUCUUCAGUGGCAAAGCAGGAAAAGGUAUCGGCUCUCCCCACACUGGCAAAAACAUGAUUUGGCCUCUCGCACUGAUCAUGCAGGCUCUCACUUCGCAUGAUGACAGUGAGAUUACUGAGGUACUGGAAACCCUGAAGAGGUCAGCCCACAAUACGGGUUUUAUGCACGAGGCGUUCAACAUGGAUAACGUUACUGACUUCACUCGACCCUGGUUUGCAUGGGCCAACUCCUUCUUUGGUUUGCUCAUUACAGAUCUCGCGGACCGCAAACCCCACUUGAUUUUUUAA